UCGCCCACAGCAGAGCAUAGCAAUGGACUGCUACAAAACUAGCAGCGACAAGUGAGAGAAGCUGGCGUCGUAGCCUUAGCAGCUGCGAUAUGAAUGUAUUUAUGGAAGCAGCUUCUACAGAGCUAAAGUGCUGAAUGUACAUCUCGUGUCGGGGAAAAUGAAGCCAAGAUGACUCAUCAGUGGCUUGGACAUCUGUGAUUUGAUAUAGAAGAUGAGGCGUGCUCAGCUUGUCCUACAUGUCACCGCUUGUAACCAUAGCUACUGUUGUCACCUAAACCACACUGACAUGGCUAACAGACUAUAGUGAAUCAUGAUUAUUGCUUUUUGCACGACGCCAGCGCAAGAUCAGCUACCUGCAUACACGAUAUUGUGAUUAGUUGUGAAUGGAUUUCUGUUAAAAACCAGCUUUGACCAUGUCACUGGGCGAGCAGUCUCAGAAGUGGUUUCCAACCCAUGUCCAAGCCACUGUUCUUCAAGCAAGCGGUUUACAGCCCAAAGGCAAAAAUGGCACCAACGAUGCCUACACGAUCAUCCAGUUGGGAAAGGAAAAGUACUCCACAUCAGUGGCAGAGAAGACGGUUAACCCCGUAUGGAGAGAAGAAGCCUCCUUUGAAUUACCUGGUCUUCUUUUGGAGGGCAAUCCUGAAGUUUAUGAGCUCUGCCUUAUAGUGAUGCAUCGGUCCUUGGUUGGGAUGGACAAGUUCCUCGGUGAGAGGUCCAUCAACCUGAAUGAAAUAUUUGAUAACAAAGAAAGAAAGAAAAUUGACUGGUACCCCUUGGAAUCAAAGCCGGGGAAAAAAAGGAAAGAACGAGGCCGCAUCCAAGUCAGCGUCCAGUUCAUGAGGAACAACAUGACGGCCAGCAUGUUCGACCUCUCCAUGAAGGAAAAGCCGCGCUCGCCUUUUUCCAAGCUCAAGGACAAAAUGAAAGGCCGCAAACACGAGAGCGGCUUAGGCGACACGUCCUCCGCCAUCUUGCCGCGCUCGGCCGUUUGCGACUCGGAGCCCAGACGCCAGUCUCUGGCCGCCGAACCACAGCCCCAGCCGGACGCCAAGGUCAAGAGACCACUGCUGUCUGGGGCGCACAAGCUCUCAGCAGCCCAUUCCAUGUCAGAUCUCAUUGGGACCCACUUUCGACCCAAACUGGACUCCAUGAACUCCAUCGAGGAGAGCGGAAAUCCAGGUGGCCCUCACAGGCGUUCCCAGAGCGAGGUGCCGGGAUACCAGGACGGCGAAGCACACAGUGACCCUUUCACUGAUAUCAGUGACACCCUGCCACAGAAGUAUGCCACGCUCCCACGCAACCGCAACCCGUUUGAGGGGGAGCCUGGGCAGCUGUGGGACCGGGCGGAGCGGAGGGAGAAAAAGGAGAAGGUCAGCCUACUGGAACGCGUAACGGGAAAGAAGGAAGGCCGCAAGACCAACUACGGGGGGCGUUCGGGGAGCUCCGGAGACCUGCGCACCCCCAACCCCUUCAGUGCCGACUCUCAGGCAGACACCAACCCGUUCAGCUCGCACUACAAAGUCAGCGACAAAAAGCAGACCGGAAAUGACGGCUUCACGUAUGGCCAGAAGAGGAAGGACAUCUUUGGCAAGAAAAAUGAGGCGACCCAGGAAAGCGUGGCCGCCUACAGCAGCCUGACCUUUGAGGAAGUCGUUCAGGAACUCAUCAAACAGAAGGAGGUGGUGAAAAAGAAGGACGCCCACAUCCGCGAGCUGGAAGACUACAUCGACAACCUGCUGGUGCGCGUCAUGGAGGAGACGCCGAGCAUUCUGCGAACACCCUACGAGCCGAAAAAGAAGGCCGGUAAACUUUCCAAAAAGUAGAAAGAGGAAGGAAAAAUAACAAAAAAACACUGGACUGGAAUUUGACAUGAAGGGUUAACACGGUGUUGUGUAUUUGAAGGAGCUGUUACAAAUAGGAGCGAUCAAAGUAAUUAUUGAGUGUGUAUUUUUGCUUUAGUGGGUACAGUUUUUGGUUCUUUUUAAGUCGUGCAGGCUCUUUCCAGAAUGUUCAUUACUUUCAUUUGUCUUUCUCAAUUUGUUUUAUAAUCAUUCAUGAAUCUUUGGGUACGUAAUCAAGACUUGAGAAACCCGUCAGUUGCUCUCAGUCGAAACGGUCCACUUUUUUUUUUCUUUUUUUU